AUUCCUAAUUUAAGCUGAACCGGACCGGGAAAAUUAAACGGAUCGGUAGAAAAACCAGAAACCCCAAUUUGGAUCGGCAACAACCUCCUAAACCCCCACGGAAAAACAAAAAAAGUAAAAUAAAAUAACAAAAACAAUGUCGGGAGAGAGAAAACGGCAAUGGGUUGGCUGGCUUUGUAGUAGCGAGUAGCGAUUUGGAUGUUAUUAUUCAAUUGUUGGUUGGAUUGGGGUUUGUGUUGGGUUGGUUCAAUUUCAAGGUUCUCUGUCUGGAGGAUUGAGCUAUGGAGGGAUUGCAGAAAGCGAUUCGCAAUAUAUCUAAAUACCCAAACUCGGGCUCUUCUUCUUCAUCCUCUGACAAUCCACUUUCCAAAGAAGGUCUGUCUCCUGCUUUAUCCUCCUCCGACCAAUCUCAAGUUUUGAUCAACAGACCUCCCAGACAAGUGGUGUCACUAAAUACGUGCUCAAAGCUUUGUGCAAUUUGCUUUGCUGUUGGAUUAGUUGUGGGUUUCACACUGAAGCGACGUGUCCGACGCUGGGCAUCCAAAAUUCUUAAGCGGUUGAAAGAUGAUUGAUGUUACCAUCCAAUCCAAUGGGGAAUAGUUUUUGCCUUUUUUCUAGCUGUGGCCUCAAACAGAUAAAGUGAUUCUCUCUGAUUAUAGACGCAUAAUACUUCUGAAAGCAUGAAACUUAGAUUAAUAUUUAAGCUCCUAGAAACGCAAGGAAUCUUACUACAUCAACAAUUACUGAUAUUUCUCUUUUCUUGUUGUUAUCUAUGAUGAAGUUUUAGGAUAUCCAUGUGUUGGUAUUUUUGAGUAUACAUUAAAAGUUAUGAGAUUGAAGAUGUUUCCCUACAAGUGAUAUCAUCACCUAUCACGCUUUAAGCUUUUGGCAAUUCUUAGUGAAAUUUCAUUUUAGUGUUUA